AUGCUUGGAUGGACAAGAAAUGUUUCAACUAAACCAUGUCCAUGUGGCUUUGGCGAUGAAAGUUUGAGCAUCAAGUCUGAUGAUCGGCAACCUGCAUUUGAUUACUGUUCUAAUAUAAACAAGUUGGACAACCAUGUUGACUGUCCAGCUUUUCAUGCUAUAUGUCAUGAGGAUAGACCAUGUGAACCUUACUGGCGCUUUACUAAAGGUAGUAUCAAACAAAUUCGUCGUUGGUGUUUAAUGGGAGAAAUUGAAGAAAUUUAUUGCAUCACUCGUCCCGUUCUAGUGAUACGUACUCGAUUCGACGAGAAAGUUAAAGUUCAUUUUUAUCUCGAAGGCAGUCAUACUCCGCUUACUUUUUCAUUCAAUGAUGCAGUGAAAGGUCAUACAAUUUUGAUAAUGUAUCCUGAAAAACAUGAUUUUCUCGAAGGGACUACUGGUAUUCGACAAGAGGAUGGAGAUUUAGUCGUUAUUUUUAAAUGUCCUAUGCAAACACUCAUCAAAACUUUUGGAUCUAUGACGGCUCCUCAAGCUUGCUUUCAAUGUGGAGCAAAACCAUCAGAUUCAAUUCAAAAUUUACCUUUAAAAGAAAAUGAACAUUCUAUUUCUUCUGAUCAAUCUGCAGAAUCAGUACCAAUGAAUCUCUCAUUGAAGAAGUGUUCGAAAUGUCGAAUAGCAUUAUAUUGUAAUGAACUAUGUCAAACUCAGCAUUGGAAAGAUAGUCACAAACAACUUUGUUCAUCAAUAAAAUAUUUACAAAUGUUACGUGAACUUGAUUUCACGACAACAAGUGUUGUGUCGAAACAGUCUGCUCGACCUUUUUCUUUCGCUGUUUAA